CUAGUUAUUUUAGGCUCUGUGACGUCUUGAAUUUUGUCCUGCAACUUGUUUAUGAGCGUUUAACUGUCAUGGCCUGCUUUACCGUCAACGUUACGCAACCUGUGGUCAUUUUGGAUGAAUGUCAGCAUCCUUUUAGCGCACAAAAGGCACCUUACGUCACAUUUUUGGGGUCUUUUUUAAUUUGUAGCAAUGUCAGUUUAAAAUAUAACUUGUUUUGUCAUGAACCUGUGUGUCCAUGUAACGUGCAAAGAGGGCUUGUUUACUGUAAGAAAGCAAAGGUAUGGCCAAGCUUCCUGAGGCAAACCUGCUUUAUGGGGAUUUCACAUGGCUCAUCUGGGAAGCACGUCACUCUUUGGUCUAUAUUUGGUCAUGGGAGGCGUCCUGACUCUAAAUGUGGGACAGUGCAUGCUGGGCCAGGGUGCAGUCAGAAGCCCUCCACCCUCUUGGCUUCACUUGCAAGUUGAGAAGAAGGAAACGAUGACCGUCUGACCUAUUGUCAGUGCGGUUAUUUUCGUCAUCGGCGCCAUGAUUCGACCUGAGUUAGAGUAUCAUCGUUUACGCCGCUCUUCCUUUCAGAACAAGUCCGCCGACCAGUGCGGGCCCUACGCGAAGCGGAGGAGGCGCAACGCCGCCGAGCAGCCCGUCCCCGGCGGCAACAGCAGAUGCUCUCCCGGUCUGGAGUACACGGACCUGGAGGCCGCCGAGGCGCUGGUGUGCAUGAGCUCAUGGGGCCACUUUGUCGGUAGCAACAGGCCCAACCCCUGCAAGCCGCGACCCCUGACCCCAGCCUCUGACUCCUGCGACUCCAUCCUGCCCCCCGAGCUCCCGGAGGCCCCGAAAGACUUUGUGUCCCUAUCCUCCCUGUGUAUGACUCCGCCUCACAGCCCCAGUUUUGCCGAGAACUCAUCCUCCAACAGUGGCGCGUCCUCUCAAUGCGUUGCCUCCUCCGUCGCCAAGAGCCCACCCUCGCUCGCCCCUCCCUGCAGGUCCAUGGCGACGAGCGUAAUCCGCCACACGGCAGACAGCUCCCCCUGCCAAUACCACAUUCCGGUGGCCCCCAAUUUAGAGAAGGCGACCUCCUGCCAGCGGCAGCCGCAGCAGCAGAGCUUCACGCCUCCAUCGCCUUCUCUUCCUCUUCCUGUCACACCCUCACCAACCGAGGCUAGUCCUCCCAAGCCUUCUUUGGACAAUGUCUCGACACCCAUUCUUGUUAACAGUCAACCACAAAACAGCCCCCCUGCUCAGGCGAACCUGACCCCGCCUCCAGUCACCAGCCCUCAAAUCAUCUGCCAGAUGUUCCCCUUUAGGAGCCAAUCAGGUAUAAUAUCAGCCUUAAUCCCCAGCGCAGUCCAGACGUCCUCCGCAGGGGCCCGGGCUGUCUCCACGCCCAUUCUCCCCCAGCCUGCCGCCGCAAGCCCCGCCACAGUGCAGCAGUCCCUCAUCAUGGGCUCGGCGGUGCCUCACGGCACAGUGAUGCUGGUCCUCCCCCAGUCCUCGGUCCCCCAGACGCCCCACGGCCCUCAGACUGUCAUGACGCUGGGCAACACCAAACUGCUUCCGCUGGCUCCGGCCCCGGUGUACGUGCCGACUGGGCCCGGCGGCUGCGGCGUAGCCACAAAGAUGGACUUUUCCCGCCGGAGAAACUACGUGUGCAACUUUCCCGGCUGCAGGAAGACGUACUUCAAGAGCUCGCACCUCAAGGCUCAUCUUCGCACGCACACGGGUGAGAAGCCGUUCAGCUGUAGCUGGGACGGCUGCGACAAAAGGUUCGCCCGCUCCGACGAGCUCUCCCGCCACCGGCGGACACACACCGGCGAGAAGAAGUUUGUGUGCUCCGUGUGCGACCGACGAUUCAUGCGCAGCGAUCACCUCACGAAACACGCCCGCCGCCACAUGACCACCAAGAAAAUUCCCACCUGGCAGGCCGAUGUUAGGAACCUGAACAAGAUGGCUGCGGGCAAGAAUGCUCCUUCCAAACCCAGCCUCGCCACAAUCAGCAUGCUAGUACCCGCCGGCUCUCAGUAGGCAAGGAACACUUAACUAAUACAGGGAGCGGCCUGGCACCUACGGCCGUCUUGACUCACGGGCAUAAAAGAAAAACAAAAGAAAAAACAUGCACUGGACCUUUACAUCUCUACUGCUCAUUUGUACAUUUACACAAAAUGAUUCUUUUUGUUUAAUGGAUGCACUCUUUGCCAAAGCCUUUGUACGACUUCGAAUUUCGUAUUCUUCACCCUUUCCGCAACAAUUUUUAUGUUGUGACAUGUAUAUGUGAAUGUAUUGUUGUGUCCUAUUUGAGGAACGUGCUGAGAUUAUAUAUAUAUAUAUAUAUAUAUAUAUAUAUAUAUGUAUGUGUGUGUGUGUAUAAAACAAUGUAAUUAUUCAUAUGUAAUCACCAUUACUAUGAUUAUACCUUGAUGGUUACUGCAUACCUUUAUGUCUAACUUUCAUAUUAUUUAAUACAUAUUUGUAAUUAAAAAGAUGACUCAUUUACUGUU